AUGCACGUCUCCUUCAGUUGAUCCUCUCCUUCAGCUUCAUUCUUCGCGAUCUUAAUUGGCUCUGCCUUUGAUUGUUGAGCGACCUUCAACCUCCUCCGCUCGCAACCCCUCAUUAAACACAAUCCGAACCGCAAGGCCUCGUUGGAUUCGCAAUCAAACUAACCAACCAUUGUGAAUUUGCCCUCUGCAUCUCACCACAUCUUGUCCUGUACUCCAAUUCUAUGACGAAGCUACCUUUCGACGGGUUGGUCAUCGCCGUGGGCGGGACUUUCCCCGGCUACAGACAAUCCGACCUCAAUUCCAUCAUCAAACGCCUUGGCGGUGAAGUCAGUGCCGCCAUCACAGAACAAUUGACCCACUUGAUCUCAACUCCCAAGGACGUUGCCAACAAGAGUCGCAAAUACACGCAGGCAUGCAAGGUUCCCUACUGCAACAUUGUCUCGCUGGACUGGCUGCUCGAUUCCGAAACAGCCGGGAAGAGACUCGCGGAGAAGGACUUCCUGCUGGGAACCGCAGACAGCAAGGGGCAGAGUGACGGUGAAGCCGACGAGGGGACUAAGAAAAAACGCACACUGGAACAGGCGCUGGGUGUCAACGAGGAUGGCACGAGCAAGAAGCUCAAGAACGCGCAGAAGGCCGGGACGAAGCCCUUGAACAUUCCGGUCGAUGAUGAGUGUCCGCUCCGAGGCUCUCAUCAAGUGUACAUUGAUCCCGAUGCUACCAUUUGGGAUGCCACCCUGAACCAGACCAGCUCGACCAACAACAAUAACAAGUUCUAUCGCAUCCAGCUGCUGACCAACCGCUCCAAGACGGCGUUCAAGACUUGGACGCACUGGGGCCGGGUGGGCGAGAGCGGCCAGCAUGCGCUGUUGGGGGACGGCUCCUAUGCGCGCGCAGAGGCCGAGUUCAAGAAGAAGUUCAAGGAUAAAUCGGGUCUUACAUGGGAGAACCGGCUCGAAGCCCCCAAGAACAACAAGUACACGUUCAUCGAGCGCAACUACGAAGAGGGUUCGGACUCGGACUCGGAAGAUGAGGCAGCCACGGCCCAAAAGAGGGCCCAGAAGCAGUCCACGGGGGAGGUGAAGAGCGCUCUGCCCGUCCAAGUCCAGGACUUGAUGGCUUUCAUCUUCAACCAGGAGUUCUUCUUGUCGACCAUGGCGGCCAUGUCGUAUGAUGCUCAGAAGUUGCCGCUGGGUAAGCUGAGCAAGCGUACGCUGCGGGCGGGUUUCCAGGCGCUGAAGGAUCUGUCCGAACUCGUGGCCGAUCCCGCGUUGGCAGCCUCGAAGUACGGGAUGACUUUCCAGGCGGCUGCGGAAGGCCUCAGCAACCGAUACUUCACCACCAUUCCCCAUGUAUUUGGCCGGAACCGCCCCCCGGUCCUCACCCACGGGGAUCUCUUGAAGAAGGAGAUUGAGUUGCUGGAAACCUUGACCGAUAUGGAGGUUGCGAACAAUAUCAUGAAGGAUGCGGAGGACGCGGAGAUGAUUCACCACCUCGACAAACAGUUCCAGGGCUUGGGCAUGAACGAGAUGACUCCCCUGGCGCGCGACUCGACUGAGUUCGCCGAGCUAGAAACCUAUCUGGUCCGUUCCCGGGGUGCCACUCACGGAGUGGGCCUCAAGGUUCUCAACAUCUUCCGCAUCGAGCGCCAAGGGGAGGAGGACCGUUUCAACUCGUCUCGGUUCGCCCAACUGAAGAAUAGCGACCGUCGUCUCUUGUGGCACGGAUCCCGCAGCACCAACUUUGGUGGUAUCCUGAGCCAGGGUCUCCGGAUCGCGCCCCCCGAGGCGCCCGUCAACGGCUACAUGUUCGGCAAGGGCGUCUACCUGGCCGAUAUGUCCAGCAAGUCGGCCAAUUACUGCUGCGCCUCCGGCAGUGGCGGCAAAGGUCUGCUGCUUCUGUGCGACGCGGAACUCGGAGACCCUAUGCUCGAGCUAGAACACGGAAACUUCCACGCCGGUGAGGAUGCGGCGAAGCAGGGCAAGAUCGCCACCCUCGGCCGCGGCCGCUCGAUCCCCGGUGGGUGGAAGGAUGCAGGCUGCGUCCAUCCCAACCUGCGCGGGGUGAAGAUGCCGGACAGUGCGCACGGGGCGGCCGUGGCCACUGCGGCGUCGCUCAUGUACAACGAGUACAUUGUGUACGAUGUAGCACAGAUCCGGCAGCGGUACCUUUUUCAUGUGGACAUGCGGUAGGCUGCGGGACGGGGGCUUCUUUCUUUUCAUUUGUCUGCUGGUGGUGGAUUCGGAGCAUGCAAGGCAUUAGCGGGCGUCAUGG